GCUGCUGGCGGCACGGCUCCGAAGGGGCCGGAGCGAUGCCCGCUGGUAGCCGAGCCGGCUCCCGCCUGCGCUCCGGCUCCCUGCCCCGGCCUUCGCGGCUGUUUCUCGAGGCGCUGCGCCCCGCCUACGCGCCGAGGACCCGGGACUCCGACGGCGCCUUAGACACCGGCUCCGAGCUGGGUCCCGGCAGCCGGGCUCCCACCGCGGAGGUGAGCGGGCGCCGAGGCUGAUGAGAGGGGAGAUUGGGGGGCGCCUGCAGCCAAGGGAGGUGGAGAAAGAAAUGGCAGGCCCUAGUCAACUAUGCAUUCGCCGCUGGACUACCAAGCAUGUGGCUGUGUGGCUGAAGGAUGAAGGUUUCUUUGAGUAUGUGGACAUUUUAUGCAACAAGCACCGCCUUGAUGGAAUCACAUUGCUCACGCUGACUGAAUACGAUCUCCGCUCUCCUCCUCUGGAAAUCAAAGUCCUAGGAGACAUUAAACGGUUAAUGCUUUCUGUCCGAAAAUUGCAGAAAAUACAUAUUGAUGUUUUGGAAGAGAUGGGCUACAACAGUGACAGUCCUAUGAGUCCCAUGACUCCAUUCAUCAGUGCUCUUCAGAGUGCAGACUGGCUCUGUAAUGGAGAGCCCACACACAGCUGUGAUGGGCCCAUCCCUGAUUUGAGUUCAGAUCAGUACCAGUACAUGAAUGGCAAGAACAAACAUUCUGCUCGAAGACUGGACCCAGAGUACUGGAAGACCAUCCUGAGUUGUGUAUAUGUUUUUAUAGUAUUUGGGUUUACGUCUUUCAUUAUGGUUAUUGUUCAUGAGCGAGUCCCUGACAUGCAGACCUACCCACCACUCCCAGAUAUAUUCCUAGACAGUGUUCCUAGGAUCCCGUGGGCCUUCUCCAUGACUGAAGUAUGUGGCGUGAUUCUGUGCUACAUUUGGAUCCUGGUUCUCCUCCUUCACAAGCACAGGUCGAUCCUUCUGCGAAGGCUCUGUAGUCUGAUGGGCACUGUAUUCUUGCUUCGCUGCUUUACCAUGUUUGUGACCUCCCUCUCCGUGCCAGGACAGCACCUGCAGUGUACUGGAAAGAUCUAUGGAAGUGUGUGGGAGAAACUCCGCCGGGCAUUUGCCAUCUGGAGCGGCUUUGGGAUGACUCUGACUGGCGUCCACACUUGUGGAGACUACAUGUUCAGCGGCCACACAGUUGUUCUAACCAUGCUGAAUUUCUUUGUCACAGAAUAUACACCAAGAAGCUGGAAUUUCUUGCACACUCUAUCCUGGGUUCUCAACCUCUUUGGAAUCUUCUUCAUCUUGGCUGCUCAUGAACAUUAUUCCAUUGAUGUGUUUAUUGCCUUUUAUAUCACAACAAGACUCUUUUUGUACUACCAUACUCUGGCUAACACCAGAGCAUAUCAUCAGAGUAGGAGAGCGAGAAUUUGGUUUCCUAUGUUUUCUUUCUUUGAAUGCAAUGUUAAUGGCACAGUACCUAAUGAAUAUUGUUGGCCAUUUUCUAAACCAGCAAUAAUGAAAAGACUAAUCGGAUGAAGACUCUCUCUCUGUAAUGAGUUUGUUGUUAAAUAUACAGUAGUUAUGGAAUGAAAAUGAAUACUUUGUCCCAGGCUCCUGGAUACUUUGCAUUUGGCUUCUGUGUUGACAGGUUUCCCGUUCUGAGAAAGGCCGUGACAAAAAACUCAAGAAAGAACACACAAGACUCCUUAUCUAGCUGUUUGAAUGGAGAGGUCAUGGAAAGAGUUUCCACCCCUCACUGUAGGAAGACCCAGUGUGGGAGUGAUGUCAGGCCAUUACCUGUGCAUGCUGGGUGUUUGCUUACUGAACUCAAGCACAUCAGCUUGGGCUAGUUGAAGAAUUUUUACUGAUUUCCAGUAGGACUCAAGUCAAGAAUAUUUUUGAAGCUGGCUUGACUUACCUAGUGAGCCGUUCUCACGUGUUCAUUGAACUAAUCGGUGUCUGUCUGCAAAGUGAGUGUCUUACUGGUAAAUAUGUUUUACCUUUUGAGCCAUUUCAAGAAAAACACAUUGAACACAGCAGCUUUUGUGAAACAAAAGAAUGCAAGGGACACGCUGGUCAGAUGUCACUGGCCUCCCACUAAUGCAGGCACCGGGUCAGCAUUUCAGAACAGGUGCGGCGUCAGUUGCCCUUCCUGAUCUGUUUGGAAGCUUCAGUGUGAACUACAGAAAGGAUUCCUGAGGGGAAGUGGCUGUGCUCCUAGUAGUAAAGUGGUGUCACUGUAGUGCUGUGCGUGUCUGGACUAAAUACUUGUUGUAACUGUUAGUUAGGCAGAUGACAGCCCAAUAUAAUGCUUUUUAAUAAUGUGACUUAAGUGAACACAUGAGUGUUUUACCAGAUGUUAGAGUUCUUACGUCAGUGAGUGAGUAAAUGUGCAUGCAGAGAAUUCUUUUUUUUUUUUUUUUUUUUUGGAGAAAACCAAAA